UUUGCAGCCCUGAAGUCUCGUGUGGAGGUUUUCCGUUCUGUGGAUGUGGCCUCAGUUGAGCUUUGGCAGAUAUCGUGCCUUGAGGAGGAGUUACAAUCCGUAGAAACCCGCGUCGAGGCUUUUUCGGAGUCUCAUGUAAAGGUCCAGUGUGCUGGUGGAGAUGUCUCUGGUAUGGAAGGCGAGGAAGAUGAGGAUACUUUGGUUGUUCACGAAUUUCAACGUGGUCUGUUAUCGAUUGAACAAGAAGUUCGUACUUUCCGUCACCAAUGCGAGGCUUUGUUUUCCAAUCAUGCCACUCGUGUGGGCCUCGGUUCGUCUGAAUCGCACUCAGCAUAUCGUAUUAAUACGUCGUUGAGACCCGACCCGUUGACCAUUGAUGUCACGUUGGCCGCUUUUCAUGUGUGGAAGCAAAAGUUUCAUGACUUUUACAUGUCCAAUGGAAUGGAUUUAUUUUCUGUGCGAGAGCAAAGUGCUCAGUUACGUGGAUGUAUGGAUGUGGCUAUGGUUCAAACCAUCUCGCAAUAUAUGGAUGUGUCUGAUGAGGAACCCGUCUUUGAGGUGCUGGAUAAGAUCCAAAGUCACAUCGCCAAGUCUGUCAAUAUUGUUCGUCGGAGACAUGACUUUAAUACACUGGACCAGAAGCCUGGAGAAUCUUUCUGUGACUUGUACGUGAGGCUAAAGCUGGUUGGUGGCUUGGCUGAACUCGAGAAGAUUUCGUAUGAUGAAAUCCUUACUUCUCGGUUGAUUGUUGCAGUCACUGACCAUGAUCUUCAGAGAGAACUCCUUUGUAUGGAUAAUCCGACGUUGGCCCAGAUAAAGGCCAAGUGUGAGUCGUGGGAGGCCGGGGGAGCCAACCUUGCCGCCUUGCAAGGCAAAUCAUAUGUCAAUGCUGUUCGUUGUCAAAGUCGGAAACCGGAUAAGUCCGGAAGUUGGACUAAGUCCCAAAGUGCGUUGGAUUCUGGAUCGUGCGGAAGGUGUGGUUUUCAUGAGCAUGUUGGUCCGAACUGCCCUGCCAAGAAUCAAGUUUGUCGUCAUUGUGGGAAACGUGGUCAUUUCCAACGGGUGUGCGAAUCUGUAGAGGACAGUGACCCAGAGGACCAGGGUGGAAGUAUGCGAGUCGAGUCGAAACGAGUUAGUGUGUUCAGCACUCGAGUGCAAAAAACUCGUUCAGCAGCCACUCCACGUACCAAAAUCAGAGUUUGUGAUGCUUCUGGAGUGACGUUUGAAGUCAUUGCUAUACCGGACACUGGGGCAACAGAUUGCAUUGUCCCAACUAGUUUGCUUCAAUUAUAUGGUGUGGAUAUCGACGCAACAGAGAAGAUGUUCAUUCAAGCCGUCAACGGUACUGGAAUCACUUGUGAUGGGGUUGUUGAUCUGCAGUUGAAUUGGUUGAACAAAUCCACCCGUGUGAAAGCAUAUGGCAGCCCAGACGUUGAUUUAAUGAUAUUAUCAUGGUCAACCAUGGUCGGUUUGGGAAUGAUUCAAAGCAGUUUCCCGUAUUGGAGAGGGGCGUCGUAAUCUUCACAAGAACCUUGCAUUCGUUUCGGUUUUGUUCAAGUGAUGAUUGUUCAAUCGAAUGUUUGGUAACAUCGAUUUGGGGGAGGUGUUGUGUAUUUCAAUGAUUUGUGUCGUUGCUGCUCUUGGUAUGAACUCGUCCAAUUCCCAUGAGUAAGGUCCGAGGCUACAAUUAGACCAUUAAUUUCCUUCGAUCAGUUGUACAUUGUCCAUGCACCAAUAAACCUCUUCCAACCAUUA